CAGACUUCCUAUGAAGAUCUUAUUCCUGGGUCUAAAUAAGAUCUUGAUCAAAGGUCCAAACUGUGCUCAAAGUCAGUAUACAUAAGGAAGCGUCGUGGCGAUGCACUAAAGAUAAAGUUUUCCGACGCGUAAUUUACGACAUGAAUCGAAUCAAUAUAAGGCCUGAACCGCAACCCUUGCAGCCUUCUUGCUAACGUUACUUAGCGUUGGGUAGAACUAGCACACUGGCUAGCUUUCCCUAGCUACCCGAAUAGACAGCAAGCUAAUAGGGUCCGUCACCAAAGCGGAACGCAUCGUCACAGCUGUUUUUGUAUUUCCCAGUGUUCAAGCAAAUUUCUUGAGGAUAAAUUUACGAUGCAAUCCUUGUAGUUGAUGUCGUGCAAUACGCUAUUUGAUGUGUCAAGUAACGUUAUGGGGGCGUGAGUAGCUCAAGGCCAAGGGGGGUAGCUAGCUAGGUAGCAAGCUAGCAUAGGUUAGCUAGGUAUUUAGCUAGUUGGGGACUAGCCACAGCGCAGAAAAUAGACAGCAAUUGCAAAGACGGACAGUUAGGCUUCCAUUGGCUAUUGGGAACUACUUCGAUGUUUAAAGACCUGUAUCAAAAUAUUUAGCUGUUGUCACAUUUGGGGUAUUUUGUUUUUGUAUGUUGUUUGAAAAUUGAUCGAGGCAGUGUGUCACGUAACCAAUGAACAGCAGAAUGUGGUUGUUUUCCUCUCUUGAUGGACAUGCAACAUACACUCAGACGGGACAUCUAUAAUUAACUGACCUGGAAUCCAAAUAUAGACUGUUUAUAUUUUUCUAAGUCACUAUGUUGCCUUUUUUGGUCUGAUCCAAGUUAAUUAGAUCUUAAUGCUAACGUUAAGUUGGAGAGUAACGUUUGCCAACGUUAUCGACAUUCUAGUACUGAUUUGCCAACUUGAAGUGCGACCUAGAAUCUAAACCUGUGGUUGUCCCGUUCGGUAUCAUGAAUGUUCAAGGUUAAAAAUACGACUGAUGAAGCUUGGACAAUGUAAUUUUAACAAUAGCCGUCCCUUGUUUUUAUCAGCCUUGUCGUAGUGUAGUAAGGAAAGAGGCACUGGUGCCACGCACGUCUUCGCCGUGCGAGAGAAGACGAGUACUCUGCGCGCUACUAUAUCUGCGUUCAACUUGCCCCGUUGUUUGGAGCUGCCUUGUUGAAUACAAUCAUUGUUGAAACGAUGUGUCCGUGUUAUGCCUGUGCUAGCCAAACAUCCAGAAAUCAUGACGUUGCAGAGACAGUUACUGAUAGCAAAGAACUCAAGGCCUCGCAAUGACUAAAAACGAGAAGUGGUUUUCUUAGCGCUCAUCUCAUGUGUUGGCGUGGCUAGUUUCCACACACUGUGUAGAGCACUCACCCUCCCAAAAGAAUAUUGGCCUAAAUUUCACUAAGCCACCAAACCCUCUGCAACCCCCAUGAUUUUGUGUGCUUAGCACGAAAUCAGAGUCCUUCUUCUCCCCAUAUUCUGUUGUCUUGGCCCAUGAACGGACCCUCUCGCCAGAAAUGCCUCCUUCUGUCACCAUGUGUUGAUUCCGAUUCAUAUGAGGAACUCUGUCCCAGAGACAUGGAGGACGGGAGACCACAGAGGUCAUGUGAAGAAGCCAUUGGAUCACUGGUGAGACACGAAUAUGAGGAGGCGGUGACCCAGAGCACCGAGGCGCUGCUGGCGCUGGGGCCGGGGCCCCUUGGUCCUCACGGGGCGGCUCUGCGCUUGAGGGCUCUGCUCUACAGGAUCGCCGCGCUACUACAAUUGAAGAACUACGAUCAGGCAGAUGAGGACUGUAAGCAUGUUAUUGCCCAGGAGUUGGCCAAGGGGGACGGUUCCUUCCGGGUGGGAGUGCAGGGCAUGGUGCUGGACGGUAGCCUACAGGAGGUCUCGCUCAUCCUGUCCAAGGCCCUGUUCGGGGAGCCCCUGAAUGGAAUCAUGACGAAAGACAUGACCAGAUUGAAAAUGCUGCUGUCUGAAAUUGAGGCGGCAAAUGGUAAAAUGGCGCCGGAAUUUACCGAAGACACAGACGAAGAUGGAAAGGAGGGGUGGCAGUUUAGACCCCCACCCCGGGGAGUCACCAGCAGUGAGGAGUACACCCUUUGCAAAAGGUUCCUGGAGCAGGGCCUGUGCCGGUACGGGGCCCAGUGCACAUCGGCCCACUCCCAGGAGGAGCUGACGGAGUGGCAGCAGCGCUACGCCUCGCGCCUCAUCCGCCUCAAGCAGCAGCAGGACAGCAAGAGCUUCACCGAGAACUACAUGGAGGCGCUCAUCGAGAAGUGGAUCAACUCCCUCACCCCUGAGAAAGUGUUGAGUGACAGUUUAGACGGCGUCGGUGUCGAGCACAGUUCGGACCUCUCCGUCACAGUCACCUCCAAAAAGUCAUCUCACUCAUGGACCUUCUCUCUGCUCUGCAAGCCUGCUCGCACUUUACACCGUGUCGCGCUGCUGUACGACGCCAACCGGCCGCACUUCUCCAUCACGGCCGUGGCGGCGGGGGACUCGUCCGCGCUGGUGCCCCAGGAGGUGUGCCCCGGCGCCUGCCAGGAGUGGAGCUGCAGCCCCGGCCUGGUGCCGCCCAACGGCCUGGACCACUGCCUCUACACCGUCACGGUCGCCUUCAGCACCGAGAUCUUCGGAACCUUCCGGCAGACCGUGGUGUUCGAUUUCGGCUCGGAGCCGGUGCUGACGCAGAGGGUGCUGGUGGACGCGGCCUCCAUAGAAGACCUGGAGCACCUGAUGCGGGCGCGGCAGCAGCUGCUGAUGACGGCCAAGCGCUGGGACUCGUCCUGCAAGACCAUCGUGAACUUUGACCCCAACGAGACGGGCGAGCUGGAGCGCAGCCUGCUGGCCCGCUACCAGAUCCCCCUGUCGGCCGACCAGCUCUUCACCCAGUCGGUGCUGGACAAGAGCCUGACCAAGGACAACUACCAGGCCCGUCUGCACGACCUGCUCUACAUAGAGGAGAUCGCACAGUACAAGGAAGUCAGCAAGUUCAACAUCAAGGUGCACCUGCAGCUGGUCAACAGCUUCAUGCUGACGGGCAUCUCGGGCGGCGCCAAGUACGCCGUGAACGGCCAGCUGUUCGGCCGCUUCAAGUUGACAGAGACGCUGUCGGAGGACACGCUGGCGGGCCGGCUGGUGAUGACCAAGGUCAACUCGGUGCUGAUGCAGCCGCUGGAGCGCCACGGCGACCUGCACGGCCACGGCAUGCACGCGGGGGGUGCCAAGGAGCGCGUCUACGAGGCCGUCAUCGAGGAGAAGACCAAGGACUACAUCUUCCUGCGCGUCUGCAAGGACUGCUGCGACGAGCUCGGCCUGCUGCCCGACCGCGAGCUGCAGGUGGAGCUGCAGUUUCAGCUGAACCGGCUGCCCCUGUGUGAGAUGCACUAUGCCCUGGACCGCGUCAAGGACACGGGGCUGCUCUUCCCCGAUGUCAGCCUCACUCCCACCAUCCCCUGGAGUCCCAACAGGCAGUGGGACGAGCAGCUGGACCCGCGGCUAAACGCCAAGCAGAAGGAGGCCAUCCUGGCCAUCACCACGCCGCUCAGCGUCUGCCUGCCGCCCGUGCUCAUCAUAGGGCCCUACGGCACCGGCAAGACCUUCACCCUCGCCCAGGCCGUCAAGCACAUCCUCAAGCAGACCACCACCAGGGUUCUGAUCUGCACCCAUUCCAACAGCGCCGCCGACCUCUACAUCAAGGACUACCUACACCCCUAUGUGGAGGCAGGCAACGCCCACGCUCGGCCCCUCAGGAUCUACUUCCGUAACCGCUGGGUGAAGACGGUGCACCCGGUGGUGCAGCAGUACUGCCUGAUCUCGCCCACCAACUACACCUUCCAGAUGCCCCAGAGGGAGGACGUGGAGCGCCACCGCGUAGUGGUGGUCACGCUCUCCACAUCGCAGUACCUCUGCCAGCUGGACCUGGAGCCAGGUCUGUUCACCCACAUCCUGCUGGACGAGGCGGCCCAGGCCAUGGAGAGUGAGACCAUCAUGCCCCUGGCUCUGGCCACCAAGAGCACGCGCAUCGUGCUGGCUGGGGACCACAUGCAGUUGAGUCCGUUUGUGUACAGUGAGUUUGCGCGGGAGCGUAACCUGCACGUGUCUCUGUUGGACCGGCUGUACGAGCACUACCCUCCUGACGACCCCUGCCGCAUCCUGCUCUGCGAAAACUACCGCUCACACGAGGCCAUCAUCAACUACACGUCGGACCUGUUCUAUGAGGGCAAGCUGAUGGCCAGCGGUAAGCAGCCCCCGCAUAAGGACUUCUACCCCCUCACCUUCUUCACGGCCCGCGGGGAGGACGUCCAGGAGAAGAACAGCACCGCAUACUACAACAACGCAGAGGUGUUUGAGAUCGUGGAGCGCGUGGAGGAGAUGCGACGCAAGUGGCCGGUGGCGUGGGGCAAGCUGGACGAGGGCAGCAUCGGGGUGGUGUCGCCCUACGCCGACCAGGUCUUCCGCAUCCGCGCGGAGCUACGCAAGAAGAGGAUGCACGAGGUCAGCGUGGAGAGGGUGCUCAACGUGCAGGGUAAGCAGUUCCGGGUGCUGUUCCUGAGCACGGUGCGGACGCGCCACACCUGCAAGCACAAGCAGACGGCCAUCAAGCGCAAGGAGCAGCUGGUGGAGGACUCCACUGAGGACCUGGACUACGGCUUCCUGUCCAACUACAAGCUGCUCAACACCGCCAUCACCCGCGCGCAGUCCCUGGUGGCCGUGGUGGGAGACCCCAUAGCGCUCUGCUCCGUGGGACGCUGCAGAAAGUUCUGGGAGACGUUCAUCUCCAUCUGCCACGAGAACAGCAGCCUGCACGGCAUCACCUUCGAGCAGAUCAAGGCCCAGCUGGAGGCUCUGGAGCUGAAGAAGACCUACGUGCUGAACCCCCUGGCCCCCGAGUUCAUCCCCCGCGCCCUGCGCCCACAGCCCUCCCUGCAGACCGCCGGCAAGCACCAGCACUCCCCGCCCAAGGUCAGUCUAGAUAUGGUACACCACACACACGCACACACACUCACACACAGGCACCAGCACUCCCCGCCCAAGGCCAAGGGGAACCUGGCGAACCACUCAGAGCAUUUUCCACCGGAAGGAUUCGUCCAGCCCAGUGCAGCCGUGCUGAUGGGGAACCCCAUCCAGGCGUUCACUCCCCCGGUGGCGGGGGGCAGCACUGGGGGCUCUGCAGGGAAGUCCCCCAGCCCCGUGCAGAGGGUGGACCCCCACACCGGCGCCUCCAUCCUCUACGUCCCUGCAGUGUACGGCGCCAACAUGGUCAUGCCCAUGCCCUUACCCCUCCCCUGGCCCGGCUACCAGAGCCGCUUCCCCGUGGACCCCCGGCUCAUCAACCACCAGGCAGCCAUGGCGGCCUACAACCUGAACCUGCGCCAGCCCACCAGCCGAGCCUCGCCGGGGCUGUACGGCCUCAACCACCCCUCCCCCCUCAGCCUCACGCCCCAGUCCAGCACGGAGAAGGAGCUGAUGCAGGACGGCAGCACCACAGGUAAGAUGGACAUGAAUGGGAAGGUGGAGCACAGCCGCCUCUUGACACCGGAGAGGAAGGCCUCAGAGCUGAAGGACAAACAGGGCGAGUCUGACCAGGGCCCCAACAGGAGCCCUGAGGCCGUGGGCCCUCUGGGUUUCCCCGGUAGCCGUCUCCUCCGUAAAGACCCCUCGGCGGGCCCCGGCGGCCCCCAGAGGCCCCUGGGCUUCCCCCACCUGGCCUCACAGCACCACAUGCCCCCGCACCAUCACCCCGCCUUCCCCCCUCCACACGCCGGAGCUCCCGCCAACAGCCAGCAGUUCCAACAGCAGCAGCAGCAGCAGCAGCAGGCAUACGGCCUCCCCCGCCCCACCCAGCUACGCCCCUUCCCGCCUCUUAAUGCAGCAGGGGCCGCCGGCGCUCCCCCCACCUCCCUCAACUCCUCCUUCUUCCUCCCGCUGGCGCUGCAGUCCCCCGGCCUGGACGCGACGGGGGUGGCGGCGGACUCGUCUGAGCAGGCCGCCCUACCGGAGGAGCUGAAAGGGGCCAUGAGGGCCAUGCCCCCCUCCGGGGCCCAGGGGCCUCCACAACCUCCAACACAGCAGCAGCAAGCAGCCACACAGGCCCAGCAGCUGGCGGCCCAACACGCACACGCUGCUGCAGCCCAGCACACACACCAGCAGCACGCCCACGCACACCCACACCACCAGAACAUGCACGUCAACAGCUACGCCGAGGAGAGCCUGGACGCCGCCAUGGCCGAGGGACUUGAUGCCCAGAGCUCGGCCAGCCUAGAGCUGAUGUCGCAGCAGGCUCGUCUGAGCCAGUGGGGUGAGCCCGGCCCCUUCCUGCCACCCGGCGUGGCGGCUUUCCCCCUGCAGCCCCUCUCCCACCUGGGCCAGCCGGGCCUGCGUCUCCCCCAGCAGCUCAUCCGCACGGGCUGGGGCCUCCCGCCGCCCACUGAGGAGGACGGGCCCCCCAGGGGACCCCUCGCCAGCCGGUACCCAGGGCUGCUGCAGGAGAUGCCUGGGGCUCAGGAGCACUACGAGCAGCAGCAGCAGCAGCAGCAGCAGCAUCAUCCCCAACAUCCACAGCAGCAGCAGCGUGAGCCUCCAGAGAUGCCCCCUCCUCAGUCCCGCCUGCUGCAGUACCGCCAGCAGCAGCAACAGCUCCGCAGUGCCGGUCCUGGUGGAGGAGGAGUCCCUGACCUGCCGCCUCCCUCCCCCUCCGCAGUCUCCUCCUCCACCCCUGCUGCCGGAGGAGUACCCUUCCACGGCUACCCCGACCCCAGCCGCGGGGACCUCCAGCAGCAGCAGCAGCAGCAGCAGCAGCAACCACCACCGGGAGCAGUCUACCCGCCGCCCCACCAAGCCGCAUACCCUCCCCUGCCCCAGGACCACCCGGGCGCCACAGGGCCGGGCCACAUGCCCCUCAAGUACCUGCUGCCGGAGCCUGCGGCUUGGGGCCACCCCCACCCGCACCACCCGCACCACCACCACCCAGGGCUGGCUCAGGGCCACAUGCUGGGCCAGCACCACGGGCUUCCUCUGGGGCUGCAGGGCAUGGGGCCGCGGCCCGACCACAGCGCCCUGCUGCUACAGCAGCACCACAAGCAGCAGCAGCAGCAGCAGCAACAACAGCAGCAACAGGCUUCACACACUGCCCUGCAAAGCUUAGAAGAGUAUGAACCGCGUGGUCCGGGUCGGCCCCUGUACCAGCGGCGCAUCUCGUCCAGCUCCCCCCAGCCGUACCCCGACAGCCCCCAGGAGGUCCAGCAGCAGCAUCAGCAACAUCAGCAGCAGCAGCAUCAGCAGCCCCAUCAGCAGCAGCCGCCCCCCUCCGCCGUGCCCCCCUCCCACCGCUACCCGCCCGCCGAGCUCUGGCCCUCCGCCGGCCCCGCAGCCCUACACAACAUUCCAUGCAACGGAGCUAGCCCCCUGGUCCCACACAGGGACAGCAUAGUUACCAAGGCGAUGAAUGCUGCCGAGGAUCAUGGGAAGGCAGAGGUCCUCCAGACGGCCUCGCACCCUCCUCCCUGCACCACCGCUCUGCAGCACCAUGGACAGUUCCCUCCACUGUUGCCCAGCAAGCAGACGCCCCCUGACCCAGGGGGAGGAGGUGGUGGCGGUGGGGGAGGGGGCAGCCCCAGUCCCGCCGGGCCCCACAAAACCCCCAUCAUGUCCUACGCCAGCGCCCUACGCGCACCCCCCAAACCACGGCCCGCCCCUGAGCAGGCCAAGAAAAACAACAAUCCCCUUUCUCUGUUACAGGAGCUUAGCAUAGGCAGUGCAAACAGUGGCAAUGGCUAUUACUCCUAUUUUAAAUAAGUCAAAUUCAAUAUAGCUGUAAAAAAAAAAAAAAGAAUAAAAAGAAUUUAAAAAAAUAUUAAAUAUAUAUAAAAAAUGGAAAAAGAAUCAAGAAAAUGUUGACAAAAAAAAGUUGUCCGAUAGUUUUUUUCCGCCAUUUUUUUUUCUUUUUCUUUUUCUUUUUUUACUUUUAAUUUAGCUAGUUGUUCUUUUACAGUUUGACAAUUGUGAUUUUGCAAACGAAGUUACGCAUAUAUUCAAAGUUAUACCAAAAUGUUGGACAAAAACAACAAAAAAAUCACAGAAAAAAAAGAUUUAUGGGACAAAUAAAAAGAAAAAUGCUUAAAAAAAAAAAAAAAAGAUUUUUAAAAAACAUUUUAAAGACUCGGCUAACCACUCAGUUGCCUGUCCUCUCUGCUUCCCUCUUUUCAGGAAUUAUGUCUGCUUUGUUUGCAUCAAUUCAUUAAAAGUAAAAUUGUUGAAGUGAUUUUUUCUUAUAUAUAAAUAUAUAUUUUCUCUUCAGCUGGCUUUUCAUUUAUGAGAUGUUGAAUUCUUCCUUUUAUCAGUAUCGGUGUGUUUCCUUGUGCUUGCAACUGAGUAGUCAGCCGAAUCUAUUUCUCUCACCCACCACACAAACAUACAAAAAAAACUAUAUAAAAAGUUGUAUAGAUGUAGACAACCCUUUUUCUCAAAACUGUACAUAUGAAUAAAAAGACAUGAAUGAAAUGAUU